AUGGGGUUUAAACAGUUUAGGUACAUCCGACGUGUGGGCGGAUCGUCGCGGUAUUGCUGUGUCCCGUUGUGUAGAGCUUCCCAAAGGUUCAACUCUGUGCUGAGUUUUCACGCUUUCCCCACGAACAAGGAAACACGCACGAAGUGGCUUCGCAACAUCAGACGUGUGAUUACAAACAUCACCCCGGAGUUUAGAGUCUGUGGUCGGCAUUUUGACAGCGAUGAUUUUACGAAGUCAUUUACAACAGCCGGACGUCGCAUAAUAAGGAAGGGGGCUGUGCCCACUCUGUUCCAGUGGAACAACUACUCGGGGGGUGACGUCCCCACUUCAGUGGAUAAUGAUUCUGGGCAUAUGACCCUGCAGCAGCUGGAGCAUAACUACUGUAUAGUUUUCAAACCCGUGCCAACUGAUAUAGGUCUAAAACAGACGGAAGGUCCAUGUAAAGUGGAAGAGUUGCCUGUCAAUGAAUGUUUAUGUUUGGGCAGGUUUGCAGCAUCUGAUGAUGACAUUAGGCAUUACACUAGAUUCUUGUCUUACAAACAUUUGAUGGCCUUUUGGAGACUUAUCGAACCUGAAACCAACAAGAUUCGUGUGGCCAGAGUGUUGCCCAGUGUAGUCAGAGGACCAAGCAAUGAAACGAGUCGUUCGUUGCAGCGCAUCGAUGAGUUCUUCCUCUUCAUGGUCUACCUUUCAGUAGGACUUUCGCUGAGCGAUCUGGCUGACAGAUUUAACAUCCAUCAGUACAUGGUGAUCAAAAUUAUAAGAGCCUGGGCCAGUUUUCUGCAUAGCAUUCUUAGUUCUGUGCACAUCUGGAUGUCUGAAGAGGCGGUUAAAGCUCACCUACCCAAAGAGUUUCAAGACUACCUAGACACGCAAGUGGUCAUUGACUGCGCAGAGCUGCGUUGUGAAGUGCCAUCUGGUCUCCCGCUUAAAAGUGAAGAGUGCUCCUCAUACAAGACCUAUUGCACCUUCAAGGGCUUAAUCGGGAUGGCACCACAUGGUGCAGUCACUUAUGUGUCGUCCCUAUAUGCAGGAUCUAUCAGCGAUAAGGAGCUUUUGAAGCGGUCCGGACUUUUCUCUCUGCUGAAACCUGGAAUGGCCAUUAUGGUGGAUGAAGGCUUUCCUGUGGAUGAGAGUGUGCCCUGCAAAGUCUACAGACCGUUCUGCUUUUUAAAGAAGGAUAAGAUGUCAGGUGAUGAGGGGAGGGACUCAGAAUCCGUCUCUUCUCUUAGGGUCCAUGUGGAGAGUCUCAUCCAUAGGGUGAAACAGCACAAGCUUUUUGACACUGUUAUCUCUUCUUCUAUCACGGGGAACAUCAACCAGCUGUACACGGUUGCGUGCCUUCUUGUAAAUUACCAGAAUGGCCCUUUGGUUAAAGUAGAGGCUAAGGAUUAAGAUGGAUUCAUUGGUAAAAAUUGUAAAUAUAAAUACCUUUGAUACUUCUUGAUGUAAACAAACCUCUUUGAACUGUGAGAAUGUUACUCGCGGCUUACAGGAUGCCUAAAGAGUUGCAUAUUGCACACGCAUUAUUUGCAGAAAUCUACACACCUCACACUAGAAGUUGUUGAAUAUGUUGCACUACUCAUUGCAUUGCACUCUUCUACUGCAUCGCUGAUGGUUUAUAUACUGUUUAUAACUUUUCCUUUGUAUAUACUGUUAAAUAUGUGUAUUUACUGUAGAUAUGUAAAUGGUCUAUAAGCUGUGUUAGCCUGUUAACCUGCAAUGUGGUGCCACUGUAGCACUAAACAUUUAUCACUGAAUCUUAUUCGUUACCUGAGAUGAGAAACAAAUGAAUUUUGUUGAUUUAAGGUUUUCUGUAAAACAUUUUUUCAAUUUUAUAAAAUGUAUACAUUAUGAA